AUGGGCAAGUCUUACUUAAUGGGAUGUCUCAUCUUACUCUGCCGUUUGAGGGCAUGCUUCGAACUGGAAGGGGGAGAUGGGCUCUUUCCUAGUAGAAUCAUCUCUCAUGUCUCUCUUCGAGUCGUGGAGAUUGUGCAGUGUAGAAUGUGCCACCUCCAGUUCCCCGGGGAAAAGUGCUCUAGAGGAAGAGGAAUAUGUACGGCCACAGCAGAAGAGGCCUGCAUGUUUGGAAAGAUCUUCAAAAGGGACGGCACCCUCUGGUUAAACUUCAUGGGCUGCUUAAAGAACUGUGCUAAUGUGAAUAAAAUAAGAUGGGGCCACUACCUGGUGAACUUCAGGUGCUGCCGGGGCUAUGACAUGUGCAAUGAAAGGUUUUAG